AUGGGAUUGAAAUUUGAGAUGAGUGAUCUUGGAAGGUUAACAUACUAUUUGGGGAUCAAGGUGUACCAACAUGAAGGAGGUAUAACGCUAAAACAAGAACGUUAUGCUUUGAAGAUUCUUGAAGAAUCUGGGCUGAGUGACUUUAACUUGGUUUAUGUACCAAUUGAGUCUAGUUUAAAGUUGGCCAAAUCAGAAGAAGAAAAGGAUAUUGAUGCUACGAGCUAUAGAAAGAAUGUGGGAUGUUUUUGCUAUUUGCUCCAUACAAGACCGGACCUAUCUUUUUGUGUUGGGGGUACUAAGCUGGUAUAUGCAAAACCUUCAAUUAUCUCAUGGAACAGCAAUGAAGCAAUGCUUAAGAAACAAGAGAUUGUUGCAUUGUCAUCGUGUGAGGCAGAAUUCAUGGCAGGAACUGAGGCGGGGAAGCAGGCAAUCUGGCUUCAAGACUUCAUUAGUGAAGUCACUGGAUCACCAUGCCAAAGGGUCGUUAUACGCAUAGAUAACCAGUCAGCGAUUGCUCUUACUAAGAACCUGGUCUUUCAUGGUGGAAGUAAACAUAUCCAUACCAGGUAUUACUUCAUAAGGGAAUGUGUUGAGAAUGGUCAAGUGGAAGUAGAACAGGUUCCUGGUAAUGAACAAAAGGCGGACAUCCUUACUAAGGAGCUUGGAAGGAUCAAGUUCAAAGAGAUGAGAGAUCUCAUUGGAGUGCGAGAGAUUACAAGAAAUGCUUUUCAAGCUUAA